AUGGUCUUCCUAGGCCGUCCGUCAGAGGCGUGUGGCCCCUGUCGCGAGGGAAGACUCAGGUGCGACCGCCUGCAGCCCGGAUGCACCCAGUGUUCCCGCAAGCAAAUAACCUGUCCCGGGUACAGGGAUCCUUCGGAGUUUUACUUCAGGGACGAGACCGCCAACGCCGCCUUCAAAGUCCAGAAUAGGAAACCCAGGAGGCGUUUGCCGGCCAAGACAAGGCAGAGGACGAAGACGCAAGCCGGGGAAGAGUCGCAAGAACAACAACAGGAACAGCAGCAGCAGCAGCAGCAGCAGUCGCAUUGCACAAGCUCAAGCACGGAGUCGGCGACAGCGUCAGGAUCAGUAACAACCAAGAUCACAACUACGCAGUUUGUUGGAUCCGUAAUCAAACACGACAACAUCUCUUCGAAAGCACCGGCCGCCGCCAAACCAACCCGAGAACAUGCCGUCGUUCGCUAUCGGACUCUCUCACAACCCCUUGGCGAUCUGGCACGCGCAUAUUUCAUGACGGACUACAUAGCCUCUUCGCCCUUUGAUUACCUCCCUGAACUCUGCCCCCAUGGAUUAACGGGCAACAACGCCAUGUCGGCGUCGUUACUGGCAACCUCCUUCGCCAGCCUGUCGCUCAAGAUAUCCGACCCCAGGAUGAUGAAGCAGGCCAGGGUCCAAUACGCCAACGCCUUGUCCCAGACCAACCAGGCCCUGAGCUCGCCGAAACUCGCCGUCGAGGACAGCACGCUGGCGGCCGUGCUGCUGCUGGGACUGUUCGAGGCCAUGGUGUUUUCUGGGCAGCAGUCUCUCGACAGCUGGAACCUCCAUACGCUCGGCUCCAUCGAGCUCCUCCGCCUGCGUGGGGCCCGGCAGUUCGAGACGCCUCUUGGCCGCAAGCUCUUCUUCCACUUGAGCAGCAACAUCCGCACGUGCUGCGCGCACAGCAAGACGCCCGUCCCGCUCCGAUUUCUGAAGAUUUACGAGGGCGCCAGGCCGUACCUCGACCUGGGCGAUCCGUUCCUUGACAUGACGGACAUCGUCGACCGAGUCGCUACUCUGCGAUCGAGAAUCGCUCAUCUCGAAGACCCUCAGAGGCACGAGGUCCUCUACGAGGCGCUAGGCCUGGAUGCGGCGACUGCGAGGCUCGGCCAGGAGGUUCCGGAAGAAUGGAGGUUCUGCGCAAGGCUACCCGGCGAGAGGUCCCCCAUGUCGUACAAGGGCAUGUCUUUUCGCUAUCCCUCGCUUCGGGUUCUACGGUACUGGAACUCGCUGAGGAUGAUCCGGAUGUUCCUCAACGACGUCAUCUGGAUGCAGGCAUCUCUGAUGCUCGACCGAGGGCCGGAUCCCGACGACGAGACGGACUACGAGGGGCUCCAGAGGUCUGCCAACAGAAAGAUGUCGACUCUUGUCGUCGAGGUUCUGGGCAGCUGUGGAGAGUAUCUCGAGUUCUCCGAGGACCGGUUCUCUGUUGCGGCAAGGUGCCUGAUCUGGCCGCUUUCGGUCAUCGCCGAGCUCUCCUUGACGCCUCCCGAUGCUCGGCUGUUUGCUCUCGAAUGUCUAGACCAGCUGAGCCGUGACAACCGGAUCCCACACCUAGUUGCAGAGGCAACCGAGCUGACGGGCGUUCAGCCAAGCUGGUAA